UUCAUGCUGAACUACAUGGUUUCCCAACUUGUUAUCAACCACCAUAAACUACUGGGGGGUCAUCUGGCAUCCCAGGUAUUUUCCUGUCUCAUGCUGAUUGGAGGUUGCUAGGGGGUUGCUAGGGUCCUCAACUAGCCUGGCUGAGUCAGGGACACCUGGCGCCACAGACCUCUCCUGUUAUUUACAAACAACUCAGCAGGUUGGAUAUGUAAUUAGGAGUGCUCUGUAGGUUUUUCCAAGGACAAGGGUCAUGCCCCCUUCCUUAGGACAGGCUUUAAGGUAGAAGCUGCUGUUAUUCAUUUAUUCUUCAAAAAAUGGAGUCACAUCAGUUUUUCACAGGAAAAUCCAGCUUUACUAUCAGCAACCCUCAAAAAGCUCCAGCUGAAGAUCCCUCCUGCUGUUAACACUAACAGGGUAUUAUCCCAGCUGCUAACACUAACGGGGUAUUUCAGUUGCAGAGAUCAGCAGCUAGCGAAACUCCAUCGGCCAACAGAAGUGAAUAUCCAGCAUCUUAAAGUUCUGGUUUCAGUAGCAACACUAAGAGUCCCAAGGGUCAUAUAUAUUAGCUGCUCUUUUUAUUAUCUUUUUUAAAAUUAUAUUUUAUUUUUACUUUUUUUAUUAUAUUAUUAUCUUUUUAUUAUCACCACCAGGUUACACAAAUGAGAAGCCAAAACUAGUCCCCCCAUAUAUAAAUAUAUAUAAAAUAUUAUAUAUAAAUAAAUAUAAUAUAUAUAUGUUGUAGUUGGACAGGAUACCUUUAUUUUUAUAUGGUGCUGAGGAUCAAACCCAGCGCCUCCCACACACUAGCGGGGAAGGCUGAGCCACAACCCUGCCCCUCUCCCCAUACAUUGACUCUUAAUACUGCUAUGGAAAUCAAGACCACAAGAGACUAAGAGGGCUACAGAACUCAUGUUUAGUUACACAGAGGAACUAGUGCUCUUAAGUUCUGGGCCUCAAGUUGAGGUUACAUGGGGCUUUUAUAGGAAAUUUGACAAUUUCUGUUAACCAUUACAACAUUGGUGGGUUUGAAUUUGGCCUACCUGACCAAAGACCAUGCAGAGGGAAUUUAUGAUAAGUGGUGUAGAAAAAAGACGGUUAUCUGUCAUCUGUGUUAGCCCAAAGUGGCCUUCACCAUAGGCAGCAGUAAUUCAAGAUAACUUGAGUCUACCUCCUUAAGAGCUUUAUUUCUAAGAAGUAAGUCUACCAGGUUAUAGUUUAGAUGGCAGUUAAUUGGUCACAUUCCUAUAGAGCUCAAAAAGUCACAAAGUGUAAGAAACAAGACUACUUGACAGGCACCUGUUCAAUCUCUGGCUUUGAAAACCUGUCCCAGGGACAUCCUGCGCUGCAUGGCCACCAGCCUCCUGGGAGUCAUCCAGUGGAUGGAGCUCUUGCCUGGUUUUGUGGCAGCCCUGGACUGCAGGUGUUGACCGCUGUGGCCUAUGUGCCCAGCCAAGCCAGUUUGAACCUCCACUACCUCAACCAGAUCCUGAAUGUCAAAAAGCAGAGUGUCUUACUCAUGCCUCUGAGGAACUCAGGAUCUUUGGGCAUCCUAGGCUCUCUAGACGAAACCGCCUACAAAAGACCAGCAGAGGAAACGCUGGACGCCUUGGCAGAGUUUUCUGAAGACCUUGCAGGCAAGCCCUGUACACUGGGGGACUGUCUGUUUGGGAGUGGUGUCCUAACAGUUAAACCGGGUGGAGAUCUAGGAACUUGUGAGACAAACAGGUAGACCCCAAACAAACUAAUCUGAUUAUCAUCUCCUUCCAGUGGACCCAAGCAGUAGGACUGGACUGAGAAAACCUGGGUGUACUCCCAGGAUGGUGUGUUCCUCCACAACCCGCUGGCCACAGAGCUAACUGAAGCCUUAAAAAUACUGGACUUAUCAUCCUUGGUCUAUUCCAGAAAAGGCACUUAAAUGGUUGCCUGCCCUCUCAUAAAGACAUUAACAGCUAUCAGGCAAGCCCCCAGCUUCCUUCUGCAGCUGAGUGGGGGUUUUCUGUUUGUUUUGUCUUCCAUUCUUGCUUUUGAGGACAGCUCUGGAAAGAAUGUGUCACCUCCCACCCUGCCUGCAGGAUUUGGUUUAAUUUCUAGUUUAUUUGGGUUGUCUGAUGUCCUGCUUCACGUGAUACCCUUAUACCCGUACCUUAAUAAUGACUUUACAAAAAGAAAAAUAAGGAAAAAUUCCCUGGGGUGGGCGGGAGGAGAAAACCUGUCCGGGGACAUUUACAAUCCAAUAGGUAGGGACCCAUGGUUAACUUAGGUUCCCUAAAGAGAAGCUGACAGAGGUGAGGGGGAAAAGACAACCCUUGCCUCAGGCAUUGGUUCUUCAUCAUAAUGUUCUUAUAAUUUCACGUAAUAAUCAGGUCUGGUUCCUCCAUCUCCAUACCUAGUUUCCAAAACUCACAGGGCCACGUGCCUGAGAAUGCAAGCCCUGGGCUGUGCGCUCAUCUGAACCACCACAAAAACUGCGUCUCAACACACCUGGUCACAAAACGUGACUUUCCACGCAUAAAUCACGAAAACUGAGAUCUAAAAAGACAGCCAAUGAAGCAUCUCAGGCUUCCUGUGUUGCACCUGCAGAACUGAGUCCUGGUGCAAACGCGGGCCGACAAGCGCGGCCAGUGCCCCCGCAACACACGCACUCUCUCCACCGGUGAGCACCCGAGCCCAAAAGGCCACACGUGACUCCAUCUCUGUGCGGCGUGGAAGCUAUCGCAGAGAUCUGUGUCUGCGCAAAAGCCUAAUGGAUGCUGAGGAACCCGCGUCCAUCAAAAACGGGACCCCGCAUGCGCGCGCAGCCAUUCGUUACCUCACCGCCACCACGCCUGCCCCUCCCCGCUGCGCAGGCGCAGUUCACAGGAGCGCGUGCCCGGGGGCUUCUGGGAAGCCUAGUCCGGGACCGCGCAGAGCAGCCCGGGCCUCCCCGUCUGCGAGGGCGCGGACUUGUCUCCUUGGCCCUCUCUCGGUCCGCUCUUGCCACACUGGACAGAUGGGAAUUCGCGCGGCUGGAGCCUCCUUAGCCCCGCGUCCUGGGCGAGGCCCUCCACAGUCGUGCCGCCCGGAGGCUGCUGAGAGUUAUAGGCCGACAGGUCCGUGAGUAAAGCCGCCUCGAAGCCCACCAGCCAGGGGCGCGGCCUGAGAACGCCGGCCGGUCGGCGAGCAGAGAGAUGGCGUGGCGAGCACAUCAGGGCGGGGCCUCAGCCCGGAGGCGCGCGCACGCGGCUUCCCGCCGGCAUCAAGCCACCGACAAAGCAAAAAGAAGUCCAUUUGGGGGUUUCCUGAGUUGGAAGGAAACAAUGGAAGGUUGUAAUACUCCUUUCCUGUGGCUGCUGUAAAAAGUUGCCCAUGGCUUCAAACUAUACAUCACUGCCUUCCCAGAACUCCGCCUCUCUCUGAACGUGGAGCCUGAAGGGAAGGGAAAGGAUGCCUGCUGCACAGCGGAAAUCCAAAUCCAAGACUCCAGGUCUAAGUGUGAGGUGAAGAAAUUACCACCAAAUCAGUGCAACAAAUCUGGGCAAAGCAGCUGUCAGAAACCAGUUUCUACAAAACAAAAGGUUCCAACAGGGAGCAGGGGCUACAGGAAAAGUUCAUUUCUAAGCAAACCCAAGAAAGAUUAAAUGUGUGUGUCACCCCAAAAUUACAUGCUGAAGCCCUCGCCCUCAAUGUGGGGUAUUUGGAAAUGGGGCAUCUGAGAAGUAUUUAGCAUUACAUGAGGGCAAGGCUUCGUGAUGGGUCAUUGCCCUUAGAAGAAGAGACACCAGAGAGCAUACUCUCUGCACCAUGCAAGAACAUAGCAAGGCAGAUGUCUGCCCCCAAGGAGACAGCCCUCCCUGGAACUGACCUGGUGGACAUUCUGAUCUCAGAUUUCCAGCCUCUGGAACUGAGAAAUUAAUUCUGUUGUUUAAGUCCCAGUCUGUGGUAUUUUAUGAUGUCAGCUCAAGUGGACCAAGACACUGGGGAGCCUCUAGGUAUAUAUACUGAGCUCUUUUCAUUUCACCUGUUUCCAGUGUGUGUAAAACAUGUCAGAAAUAAAGUCAGAGUUCUGUUUUGUGAUUAA